AUGGCUACCCCUAGUGUCCUCGCUUUUGACGCUGAGGGUCGCGCCAUUGACUUUGAGGUCUGGGUCGACGACUUGCAGCUGUUCUUGCAGUGCGAUAGAGCAGACGGCCUUUCUCUCUUUGACCUCACUUCUGGCGCCUCUCCUGCCCCUACUGCUGAUGCUGAUCCCACUGUGCGCUCUCAGUGGGCUACCCGCGAUGCUGCUACACGUCUUGCUGUGCGUCGCCACCUCCCUACCUCUGAGCGCGCGCACUUUAGUCAGUACAAGAGUGCUCAGACCUUGUACGACGCUGUAGUUGCGCGCUACUCUUCCCCUGCCACUGCUGCACUGAGCCGUCUCAUUCUUCCCUACCUCUUUCCUGACCUCUCUGCCUUUCCCACUAUCGCUGACCUCAUUACGCACCUCCGCACUAGUGACACUCGCUACCGCGCCGCCCUUCCUGCUGAGUUCUGCGCCAAGAACCCCCCCCCCAUGUACAUCACUCUCUACUACGUAGUCGCGCGCCUCCCCGACUCUCUUCGCGUAGUCAGGGACCACUUUCUCGCAGUCUAUCCCACCGCCCUCACUGUCGACCUCCUCGAGAAGGCCCUCCUCGCGGCGGAGAAGAGCAUCGUCGCUGUAGGAGCUUCUCGGGGUGACCCUCGCACCCCCAUCUUUGAGGGGUGCUCUUCUUCCCCCCUACUGCCCUCUGUUGCCUCUGCUGCUGCUGCCGACCUGCUUGGUCUUGAGUCGGUCGGCGCGGCGUCUGCCCCUAGUGGGCGACGCCGCUCUGGCAAGGGCAAGGGGGGCAAGGGCGCGGGUGGAGCUGGAGGGGGCGGUGGAGGUAGCGGUGGAGGCGGCGGAGGGAGUGGGGGUGGCGGCGGGAGUGGUGGAGGGGGUGGUGGUGGUAGUGGUGGCAGCGGCGGCGGAGGCGGCGGAGGUGGCGGCAGCGGUGGUGGUGGCGGCAGCGGUGGCGGUGGAGGCGGUGGAGGGGGCGGAGGAGGAGGCGGUGGUGGCGGAGGGGGUGGAGCUGGUCGGGGUGGUACCCAGCAGCGGAGCGGCGGUGGUGGUGGUCAGCGCCCGCAGCAGCAGCAGCAGCAGCGUUCGCGGGACAUCCCUCCGCCCCAGCAGAAACAGCAACGGGUCAGCAGUAGAAGGGGCAAACCCAAGAGCCGCAAGCGGCUGCAGGGGCAAGGGGGCAGGGGUGGCAGUGGUGGCGGCGGGGGCGGCGGUGGUGGAGAGGGUGGAGGCGGCGGGGGCGGUUGCGGUGGUGGGAGUGGUAUUGGUGGUGGGGGGUCGGUGGCGGAGCCGGGGGUGGUGGCGGCGGCAGUGGUGGGGGUGGCGGGGGUGGUGAUGGCAGUGGUGGCAGCAGUGGAGCCGGUGGCGGGCGUGGUGGAGCGGUGA